CAUGGGGUGGGCGUGUGUCCCUUGGCGCGUCGUCCUCGCCGGGGCGGCGCUGCUGGCGCUGGCGGGCGAGACGGGCGUGGGUGGUCUCUACCACCCGUCGCCUGUCGUGCGGACGCGCUACGGCAGCCUCCGCGGCCUCAUCACCACGCCCAACUUCGGCGCCCUCCAGCCCGUGGCUAAGUACCUUGGCGUGCCUUACGCGGCUCCGCCCGUACGCAAGCUGCGUUUCAUGCCGCCCAUGUCACCUUUGGAGUGGUCGGGUAUCCGCAAAGCGGAGACGCUGCCGCCCGUUUGCCCACAGAAGUUGCCCGACGUGCACAACCGGCGGGAGGCGCUGCGCGGGAUGCCCGAGGGCAGAUACAACUACCUGCAGCGGCUGAUUCCGCUGCUGCAGAACCAGAGCGAGGACUGUCUCUACCUCAACAUCUACGCUCCCGUCAGAGACCUUUAUCUCCACCAGCCAGGACAGAGGUUACGGCGACCACACCUCGCACCUCCAUUAGCAUGGGCGAUGCAGGAUUGUGUAAAAUCGCGCACUUUUAUAUUCUGGCGAGUUGUUGUUUUGUAGCGCUACAUAAACGGUUUUCAGGAAACGUUUUUCUUUUCAAAAUAAAGCAGUUUGAUGACUUAGGCAGUCUGAUGAUCUCAGGCACUCAACCACAUUUUGAGUAUACUGAACUUGUAUGUUAAAACAAUAAAUAAAUAUACAUAAUUUUGUUCAAUUGUAUGCUUACUUCUGUAUAUUGUCUUACGGGGAAUGGAGAAAUAAAAGUAUUCUAUAUGGGCAAUUAAUGACUUAUAAAUAUAUGAAAACAGCACCAAUAUUGAUAAUCUUAAUGAUUAGUGGGCCGCCUCCAGAAUGGCCGCCUGGAGUUCCGGCCCGGGUCGGGGCGGCCCACUCCUGUAGCAGACUAUGCAUUUCCAGCAGACUGCCCAAACAGCAG